AUGAGUGCCCAAGGAAAUGGCGCCUUCCUCGAAUAUCAUGAACCAGACAUCGUCAGCAUUUUGACCUUAAUCUCAUUCUUCUUCGUUCUUGCCGUGUCCGAAUGGCUGGCCGACAAGGUGCUCCAUGCGGGGCUCAUUGGGAAAAUCAUUGUCGGUCUCAUCUACGGCGUCCCCAUUGGCAACAUCCUGGCCCUGGAAUGGCAGGAGACAUUUCUUGCCUUGGGCUACAUUGGUCUCAUAAUCAUCAUCUUUGAAGGCGGUUUGACCAUUCGUCUCGAUCUUCUUUGGCAGAACUUGCUCCUCAGCACCAGCGCGGCCCUUCUUGGUGUGCUCACCCCGAUUGCCCUGACGUUUGCCCUGUUCUAUACUGGCUUUGGCUAUGGCCCCCUCGAAGCCUUCAUUGUCGGCACUGCCCUCUGCUCCACCUCCCUAGGGACCACCUUUGUCGUCAUCAACAGCGCCUCGUCCAAGCACGACUUUGCCCAGACCCGUGUCGGCACUGUCCUUAUCAGCGCCGCCAUUCUCGAUGAUGUCUGCGGACUGGUACUCGUCAGUGUCAUCUCUCAGCUACGCGAUAUCAAAAAUGCGAAUCUCGGUUGGGUCAUAGGGCGGCCCAUCCUAGCCAGCGGUCUGAUGGCCAUCUUGACGCCUCUGGCAGCCAAGUUCGUCCUGGGCCCCCUGUUCCGUCUACCAGCUAUCAAAGCACGAUUCUUCCCAAAGUUCGGACACAUCGCCAACAUGAUUCUGAUGGUGCUGGUCCUUUGCGCGUUCCUGGCCAUCGCUGCGUAUGCCGGCGCAAGCGGUUUGUUCGGUGCAUUCCUAGCCGGGACAGUGGUGUCGAGCCUACCUAGCAAGCAGCAUUCACACCCCGACGAACCAAGCGACAGAAAAGACCACGAUGACAAUGCGAAACAAAAGAGGCCCACAUUUGCCAGCACGUUUGGGCGAUACAUCCAAGAUGCACAACGCUUCAUUCUUCAACCAUGCUUCUUCGCCAGCAUUGGCUUCUCCAUCCCCUUUAUCGAGCUUUGGACAGGCGAGGUCAUCUGGAAGGGCAUUGUCUUUACUGUCCUGAUGGUUUUAGGCAAGCUGAUCGUCGGUCUAGUGAUUCCACUGUGGGAUCUCGUCGUACAUAAGAAGCCGAGUUCCUCAGAAAAAGCGCUCUCGACAACCCCGGCAAAACAAAACUGGGUCCCAGCAGCCUUCCUUGGGACUGCCAUGGCCGCGCGCGGCGAGAUUGGGCUUCUCAUCAUACAGAUCGGCUUGAAUGAGACACCGUAUCUGUCGCGCAAGGCCUUUGUCAUUGCAGUCUGGGCCAUCGUGCUCAAUACGGUCAUCGGCCCAGCAUCCGUCGGAACACUCUUGAACCGAUUCGGAAGCGCGGUUGCGGAGGAUCGGCGGUGGGGAAUACGAGCAAUAAAUCCUGGAGGCGAAGUCAAUAGGAAGCCUGAUGUGGUAUCCGAGGGUACUGGUACCGUGGCGCCCUAG